GAACAGUGAGCGCUUGGUGAACUGGCAUGGUGUUCUCUGCAUGUUCAUCUGAUACAUACGGGUGGAGGCUCCGUGUGCGCAUGGAGAAGGGGAAUGCCCAUGCAUGGGAAGGACAACGGCAACUCUGGUGGACGCGACUGAGACGCGCUCGCCGGGGCACGAGCACGUGCUACCGUGUCGUCGCGUCUCGGCGGGCGAAAAGACCUGCUCUUCGUCUCUGCCUGCCGGUCCAUGUCGAAUGCGGAUUCCCCCCGUCCCAGGCGCAUAGUCGUUCUCAUCUCUGGAUCAGGAACGAAUCUCCAGGCCCUCAUAGAUGCCCAGAACACACCCUCGCUACCCAAUGCGCGCAUAAGCCUUGUCCUGUCAAACCGGAAGGCGGCCUAUGGUUUGACCCGCGCUGCCAAUGCAGAGCCACCCAUCCCCACCGCCUACCUCGGACUGCAGCCGUACCUCAAAGCCAACCCGGGCAAGACGCGCGAUGACUACGACGAGGAGGUCGCCCGCAUCGUCGUACGAGACAAGCCAGAUCUCGUCGUUCUCGCGGGCUGGAUGCACAUCAUGGGCGAUGGCUUCCUCGAUAUCGUAAACGGUGACAAGGUUCUCGAUGGCGAGGACAAGGUUGAGAAGCCCAUCCCUGUCAUCAAUCUACACCCUGCGCUGCCGGGUGCUUUCGAUGGCGCACACGCAAUCGAGCGGGCCUACGAGGCCUUUCAAAAGGGCGAGAUCACACACUCUGGUGUGAUGGUCCAUCAGGUUGUGAAGGAGGUCGAUCGCGGAGAGCCUGUCCUCGUGCAUGAGGUUGAGAUUAAGCCUGGCGAGCCAAUAGGGGCUUUUGAGGAGCGACUGCACAAGACGGAGUGGGCAAUCAUUGUACAGGGUACAAAGAAAGUGCUGGAUGAGGUAGCACCUCUAUCGUAAGUCCGCUUCGUAUCCCUGGAGGUUUUUCCCGUUUCGUAACGUCGGGUUGUUAGCUAGGUGACGGAUCGACUUGGCAUGUAGCCGUAGCUAUUGUAAUACGUGGGUGUUCUCCCCUUGUUGUGUCCGACCGGUGUUAAUCUGCGGGAAACGUAUAGAAUGGAAGUGCACCGCGAUACCACAGUACUAUAAUAUGUUGCAGCGUGCUUGGCUCCCU